GUGAGUGAAGUUGCUCGGGAUUCGACAACUAUUUUAACCUUUAAAUCACUGCAGUUUUGGCUCAAUUUCGACAGGACCCUCUGGAUCUUUAUCUAAUGAUGGAAUAAGAAGUAAUCAUGGUGGUGAAUUCAGUGCACUGGUUUCGCAAAGGUCUGCGGUUGCACGAUAAUCCGGUGUUGCUGGAGGCCCUCAAUGGAGCGGACACGGUACGCUGUGUUUAUAUCCUAGACCCGUGGUUUGCUGGUGCCGCUAACGUGGGAAUCAAUCGAUGGAGGUUUCUGCUGGAGGCUUUGGAAGACCUGGACAGCAGUCUGAAGAAGCUCAAUUCCAGAUUGUUUGUAAUCAGAGGGCAGCCUACUGAUGUUUUCCCAAGGCUUUUUAAGGAAUGGAAAGUUACCAGGUUGACAUUUGAAUACGACCCAGAGCCUUAUGGGAAGGAGAGGGAUGCGGCAAUAAUGAAGAUGGCCCAAGAGUUUGGAGUGGAGACCAUUGUCAGAAACGCACACACCCUGUACAACCUGGAUAGGAUAAUAGAGGCGAACAACAACAGUCCUCCUUUGACUUUUAAGCGAUUUCAGACCAUUGUUGGCAGACUGGAGUUGCCCAGGAGACCUCUGCCUCCCAUCACCCAGCAGCAGAUGGACAAAUGUCCCACUAAAAUAGCUGACAACCAUGAUCAGCUAUACAGUAUACCUUCACUGGAAGAACUAGGCUUCAGGACAGAAGGUUUAUCUCCAGCCGUGUGGCAGGGAGGAGAAUCAGAGGCCUUGGACCGACUCAACAAACAUCUGGACAAAAAGGUGUGGGUUGCCAACUUUGAACACCCUCGUGUCAACACAUGCUCUCUGUAUGCAAGUCCAACUGGCCUCAGCCCCUACCUGCGCUUCGGCUGUCUGUCCUGUAGGGUUUUGUACUACAACCUGAGAGAGCUCUACAUGAAGCUCCGUAAGCGUUGCAGUCCUCCUCUGUCCCUAUUUGGCCAGCUGUUGUGGAGGGAGUUCUUCUACACAGCUGCAACCAACAACCCAAACUUUGACCGCAUGGAGGGAAACCCCAUCUGUGUCCAGAUCCCAUGGGACCAGAACCCAGAGGCACUGGCCAAGUGGGCUGAGGGUCGGACUGGUUUUCCCUGGAUUGACGCCAUCAUGACUCAGCUCAGACAGGAGGGCUGGAUCCACCACCUGGCCCGACAUGCCGUGGCUUGUUUUCUUACCAGGGGAGACCUGUGGAUCAGCUGGGAGAGCGGCAUGAAGGUGUUUGAGGAGUUGCUGCUGGAUGCAGACUGGAGUGUUAAUGCUGGAAGCUGGAUGUGGCUGUCCUGCAGUGCCUUCUUCCAGCAGUUUUUCCACUGCUACUGUCCUGUUGGCUUUGGAAGGAGAACUGACCCAUCAGGAGACUACAUCAGGCGUUACAUCCCCAUCUUGAAGGACUAUCCCAACCGGUACAUCUAUGAGCCGUGGAAUGCCCCGGAUUCGGUCCAGAAGGCAGCCAACUGUGUGGUGGGAGUGGAUUACCCAAAACCAAUGAUCAACCAUGCGGAGGGCAGCAGGCUCAACAUUGAGAGAAUGAAACAAGUUUACCAGCAACUCUCACAUUACAGAGGACUUAGUCUUCUAGCAUCAGUACCAACAAUUCAAGAGGAGGCGGAGCCACCAAUGACCGAUGAGUCCCAGACCAGCAGUGGCCCUGACUCUCCUCCCAAAGGUCCUGCUGAUUAUGAAGCAGCUGGCUGCUCUAUCUCUCCUAAUUCGUCCACAGUCUAUGCAUCCUCCACCUUUGCCCAAUACCCAGACCUGGAGGGUGCAGCAAACAGUCACCCAUCCCAGAUACCCUGUGGUUUGUCGGGCUCACACACACCACCCUUUACAGCCGAAACGUCUACAGUGGCUCCUCCCUCGUCAGUCUCAACACCAACCCUGAGCAGUCUUUCAUUGUCCAAAUACUCCUCCCCAUGUACCAUCAUGUCCCCAUCCCCCAGUCCAGCCAUGACAACAACUCACCCCUCCUCUCUGGGGCAGAGGAGGAAAGGCCUUGCUCGCAAGGUGCGGUGCAACCAGAGGCAGCGAGGGCGACACAGCUGCACUCCAGCAGCCAGGAAGGUAGAGAAGAGAGCAGAGGAGGAGAGGGAGGAAGCGGGAUGGGAGGAGAGGAUGGAAGAGGACAAUGAACAGGAGGAAGAGAGAAUGGAGGAAGGUACUCCUGAAGAGAUUUCAGAACAUCAGCAGUGAUUCUAGGUGGAGAUCAAAAGAACAAUCUUCAAACAUCCUUCCUAGACAACUGGAAUCAUGAGGUCACACAAGAAAAAGGGCUGUGGAUAUGUGUACAGCAUGAAUAUAUAUAUGCAUGCACACAACACAAGUGUAAGCAGUCCCGAAUGAUAUUACUCACAUUUACCACAAAAUGAAAAUAAAUUACCCAUUUUAACCUUUAUUAGAACUGAACCAGUCCAGAAUGACUGUAAUGAUUCAAAAAUACUGUUUAUUUCAGGGAAUGGAGGUCCUGAACAUAAUUUAAGAUGACUAGUGAAUAAUCUUCUCUUGUACAGUUACACAUCUGACACACACACAGUUAAUAAGGAGCAACAUAAUGUACUGCAACUCUUCCUCGGUAUAUCCACAUUGAAACCCCUCUCUGCUUGUCCUCUGAAUGUCCUUACCUCAGAAACAAGGUAGUUCAGGAGCCUAAAUGUCACCUGUCUAAACACUGUCCCGUCCUGCUUAUACUCUAUAAUCUUUAUGCUCUGUUCUAUGGGAAAAGUAACUCAGUCAUUAAAUGAAGGAGUGUAUUUUUUACAAAGUGCAGUCAAUCAUUUACAUAAGUGGUGAGAGAUUUAGUAGACAGCAGAGUCCCAGAGUUGGGGUCUAAACCAGUUAAUUCUGGGUCCUGGCCAGGCCAAAAGAAUGACUGUUCUUAAUUAGAGACAUGCAGGAACACUGCUAGAGGUUCAGAGAAAUUUACUAGCCUGCAGUGAAAUGUAUAACUGUAUGUGGUUGCUCCCUUCUGGGAAAACAGAUGGAGAAUGCUCUUGUUAAUGUCCUUUUUUUAAGCCACUUCUGUCCCCAGGGAAAUUAAAGGUUUUUUGUUAAUAGGCCCUGAUGAUUUUGUUAAGGACGUUCUCCUGAUUUUACAAUGUAAAUACAAAAAGAAACACUUAGGAACAUGAUUGAAACUCUUAAUAUGUAAAUGCCAGAAUAUUUUGGAAAUUAGCCCAAAAAUUUGCUAGCAACCAUGACUAGGGGAUCGUAACAUUUUUAGUCCUCCUUAAACCAUAACUUACCUUUCAGUUUUAAGGGGCGCACAUCUACGAAGGUAGAGCAAAUUUAAAAGCCAAGUCAAGACCUUCUGUAUGACCAACUUUUAUCUCUCUGGCAAUUGAAAAAAGCUGCUGGUAUGGAAUGAAUGCAAAGAUGGAACUUAUGUGUUGUACUCCCUUUAUAUUUAUCAAAGAUUUUAUAUAAAAUAUGUAAAAGAAUAACCUCUCUGCUUUACUUGUGGUUUGAUAAAGGGGAUUUCACAAAGGCUUGUACCGUUUGUUGUAAAUUUACUAGGGCAGCAACUAAAGAUUAUUUUCAGAAAUUAAAUCUGCCCUUUAUCAUUUCAAGGUGUCUUUAAAUGCCCUGUUAAGUUUAGGCAAUGCUCCAAAAAACAGAUACAGUUUACUGUUGUAUAAGACAAAAGUAGUAAAUCCUUGCAUCUUAAAAGCUAGAACCAACAACUUUCUUUGCAUUUUUAUUUGAUAAAUUGUCAAAACGUUUAUCAAUUUUCAAAAUAGCUUGAUAUUCGUUUUUAUGACAAUCAACUAGUUGAACAAAUGUUUCAGCAAUAACAUUUAAACAGGCCCUAUUGUGCUAUUUUCCAGGUGCAUAUUUUUAUCUCAAGUUACAGCUACAACAUGUUUACAUGCGUUAAUGCUCAUAAUCUGCCUUGUUUUUCUCAUCCUGGCUGUCCUGCAGCACCUCUUCUCACCCUCUCUCUGACAUGCUCCGUUGUAGCACAUGCUCCUCCCUCCAGAAAGCAAAGUCUGCUCUGAUUGGUCAGCUAGCCCACUCGGUUGUGAUUGGUCACCGUUUCACAUUUCAAAAAACUCCUCCUCCGGAGCUUCAGCACCGUCCCUCUCUUGUUGUUUGAGGGCCAAACUAGCCGGAGAGUUUUAUGUGACUUCCGUAACAUUAUGACCUCAUAAAGUUACGGAAGUGACGGAGAGAAUUUAAUCGAGCCGUUUCAGGCAGAUCAGGAGCAGUGAUUCUGAUGGGGAGGGUAACUCCUUUUAGUCGUGGACUUCAGGUUUUACUCUCUACGGACCUUUUACAUGUACAAAAAUAUAUAUAUAACACAGAACAGGGAAAAAGUGGAAAAGUAUAAUAGGGCCACUUUAAUAACAUGUAUGCCGUCCAGUUAAACCUUUAGAUUCCAAAUGGUAAUUUCAAAAGUUCUACAGAUUCACUCUUGAUAGCAUUAAAUAUUAAUUGUUUAGCUAACUGAGAUGAUGGUCUGAAUACUAGAAUAAUUUAGAUCUUUUUUUUCUUGUGACAUUAGCAAGUUAAUAUUCCGUCAGAAAAUUGCAAUAGACAUUAUUGAAUUUGUACUUUGUGUAACAAAAAAGGUUUCCCACCAAGGCUCAGAACAUGGACUCAAACCAAACGGGUUAUGUUAUUUCUAGAGGGACCACACAUAUUUAUCUUUGGGGAUUUGCUGACUGUAUCAGACGUAUUUAUUUAUUAAUUAUUCUUUUUAUUUUUUAAGGGACAAUCAGUGUGGCCAUUUCAGCCUCAUCACCUUCUUCAAUCUAUUUUUUAUUUUUUUUUCAACUUCAACUUUCAGUGCAGAAUAAGCAAGCCAUAGUAGUUGUUUGACUUUGUGAAAACCCCUCGAAUGUGGUCUGGGUGGGUUUUCAUUUCCCCAAAAAGGAUCAUAGAUUGUUGAGAGACAAACGUCAAUGUCCUUGCAAACAAGUUUGGUGUUAAAAACAGGUGGGAACUGUGAAGUUUGAAUCCUAAAAGGUAAAGCGACAAGUCAGCCCGUGGAACCCUUCAGUUCAGGCUCUCAUGGUUAACACAGGUCAAAAAAGCUCAGUUCCCACUUUUUCAGAAUACAAUACAAGCUCUGAUCAGAUGAUUGUGUUGCUGUACAUUCCAACUAACAGUAUGAUGCUCUUGGGUAUUUAUUUGUUUUGUAUUGUACAAAAAGAGUUUAUUUUCAUUAAAAUUGUUGAAGGAAUUGUGAUUGAAAUUGGAGUUUAUGGUUUGCUUUUUGUUUGUGCUACAGUUCCCUUAUAGCAUUCAUAUAUGAAAAUGAAGUCAUGUGGGAAAUGGUUAGGGUUAGAGAUUCAACCACACCCUACUCAUUUUCCCAAAAUGUAAUUUUGAUUUGCUAAACUCGUACUUGGUUGCAAGCAAUUUAACCUGAUUGAACCAUUCUUCAAAGGUUACAUCUCUUUCAAUAAGUUUGAAGUAAUGCAUUUCUGUUCAUGAUAUUUAGGAUGAUAUUUACUUAUGGUUAGAGCUUAAAAAAAUAAGUAAAAGUGGUUUUCAACCCAGCUCUUUGAACCACUAUAGCGGUAUAUUAUAAUGUAUGUAUAUAAAUAUACAAUAUGCUCAACUAUUGUCUUAAUCUCUGCACAUUUCUUAAAACUCAGCUGAUACCUUUCUGGACUGUUAUAGGACUUGACACAGUAAACAGGGCUGUGAUAACUUUAAUAGGUUUUCAUCACACCAGAGUGGAGACAAUGUUGUGGUUGAGAGAUGAAAAUGAGGUCCAGCAGUGUGUUCUUCUCUGUGGUUGCAGCAGUGAUGAGUUGUGCAUAUCCCCUGGACUGAAAGAGCUCAAGUAUUGGCUUACUUGUGUUGGAUAAAAGAUUCUUGUUAUAAUCACCACAGACAAUGAUGGGGUGACAGUCCAUGAUCUCUAAUGAGUCCAGAAGGCUUCCCAGGUUUGACAGGAAUGAUCUCACACUAGUCUGGAGGUCUGUAGACAGCUGCAAUCAGUGCACUCAUUGGGGCUUCAACCUUCAGAGCCACAAACUCCAGGUCAGUUACAUUAUGUAUGUACUGUUUUUCACGAACUUGAAUGUGGCUUUUCAAAUAAA